AUGGAAACCCAAAAGGAUGAAACUACUCAGGUUAAAGGAGCUACAGUCUUUGGGGAGGCCCAUGACCAAGGGGCAGAGAAAGAAAGCAAGAACAAGGCAGCUGAGGUGACAGAAGGACCAAUGUCAGAACCACUCUCCUCUGGCCCAGGUAGGCUGAAGAAAACUGCCAUGAAACUCUUUGGUGGCAAGAAGGGUAUCUGUACUCUGCCUAGUUUCUUUGGUGGAGGAAGAAGCAAAUAUUCUGGGAAAGGCAGCACUAAAAAAGUUCUCAAUAAGAGCAAGACCCAUGAAGCCCUGAGUGAAGCAGCUCAUGGCUCUGAAGAUGUCAGUGAAGGAACCAGCUUCUCCCUAACUUUGCCUGAGUUACUCUGCCAAUUUCCCAGCUCCCAAAGUAUCCAUGGGGUUUUGGAGAGAGGCUUCAGAUAUAAGAUAUCUAUGGCUGGAGUCACAGAGAAAGCUGGGGCUGAGAAGGUUCCCUUUUUGCCCAAGCCAAAGAAAGGCCUAAAAGGCUUUUUUAGCAGUAUCCGGCGUCACCGGAAAAGUAAGGUUGCUGGGCCUGAGCAAAGUGAUCCAGAGGCCAAGGGGCCUGAGGAGGCCAGAGGUAGGCCUCAUGAACAUGUGAGCUCAGCCCCUCAGGUGCUCCAUGCUGAUGAGGCCUUCCAAGCCUCUCAAAAGGAAAAUAUCAAACCUCAAAAUGUCCCUGGUCCAAAAGUUUUUCCAGCACCAGAGCCUUCUCCACCAGGUACUAAGAAGACAGCCUGUAAAGAUCCAGAAAAUCCCACAGUGGCCUUUGCCUCAGCACUCAUGCAACCCAAGCCUGCUCCUGAAGCCAGUACCCAAGAGGAACCCCAUAUCCGAGAAACAGGGGAUAAGGUGGUGGUAAAUCAACCCAACUGCCCUGUAGGGGACCAGCUGAGCCUCCUGUUUGGUGAUGUCACAUCCCUGAAAAGCUUUGACUCACUGACAGGUUGCGGUGACAUUAUAGCAGAACAGGACAUGGACAGUAUGACAGAUAGCAUGGCUUCUGGUGGCCAGAGGGCCAACCGAGAUGGGACCAAGCGAAGUUCUUGCCUGGUGACCUACCAAGGAGGCGGGGAGGAGAUGGCCUUGCCAGAUGAUGAGGAGGAAGAAGAGGAAGUGGAAUUAGGAGAGGAAGAGGAUGAGGCUAAGGAGGAGGAGGAGGAAGAAGACAAUGACUUAGAAUAUAUUUGGGCAAGUGCUAAAAUAUAUCCAAGGCACAAUCUGAACCUGAGCUACCAUCCCACCACAUCCCCAGGCCACUAUGGCAACAUGCUCCUUGACCCAGUUAGGUCUUAUCCUAGCCUAUCCCCUGGAGAACUUUUGACUCCUCAAAGUGACCAGCAAGAGUCUGCCCCCAAUAGUGAUGAAGGUUACUACGACUCCACUACACCUGGAUUUGAGGAUGAUUCAGGUGAGGCCCUAGGGCUUGUUCUCAGGGAUUGCCUACCCAGAGACAGCUACAGUGGAGAUGCCCUAUAUGAGUUCUAUGAGCCAGAUGAUAGUCUUGAGAACUCCCCUCCUGGGGAUGACUGCUUUUAUGACCUCCAUGGCCACAGCUCUGGAAUAUUUGACCCCUUCUUGAACUUUGAGUCCCUUUCUUCCUCCCGGCCACCUGGGGCAAUGGAGACAGAGGAAGAACGACUAGUGACUAUCCAGAAGCAGUUAUUGUAUUGGGAGCUCUGUCGGGAGCAGCUUGAAGCCCGAGAGGCAUGUGCCCGAGAGGCUCAUGCCUGGGAGGCCCACACCAGGGAGGCCUAUACUAGAGAAGCGCAUGCCAGGGAGGCCUAUACCAGAGAGGCCCACACGUGGGAAGCUCAUUCCAGGGAGACUCGGACACGAGAAGCCCAAGCCUGGGAAGCUCGUGCUCUAGAGGCUCAAGUCCAAGAAGCUCAGACCUGGCAGGAAAAGCCUGUGUUGGAGUAUCAGAUGAGGCCCUUGGGCCCAUCAGUGAUGGGCCUAGUGGCAGGGACAUCAGGGGCUUCUCAGAUUUCCCACCGAGGAACCACCUCAGCUUUUCCCACCACUGCAAACACUGAGCCAGACUGGAGGGACUUCCGUCCUCUGGAGAAACGCUUCGAGGGAACCUGCUCCAAGAAAGAUCAAAGUACUUGCCUGAUGCAGCUCUUCCAGAGUGAUGCUAUGUUUGAGCCAGACAUGCAAGAAGCAAAUUUUGGAGGAUCUCCCAGGAGGGCCUACCCUACUUACUCACCCCCUGAAGAGCUAGAGGAAGAGGAGGUUGAGAAGGAAGGAAAUGCCACUGUGAGUUUCUCACAGGCCUUGGUAGAGUUCACCAGCAAUGGGAACAUCUUCUCCAGUAUGUCUUGCAGUUCUGACUCUGAUUCAUCCUUCACUCAAAAUCUCCCUGAGCUACCCCCCAUGGUGACUUUUGACAUUGCUGAUGUGGAACAGGAUGGGGAAGGCAAGUGUGAAGAGAGCCCUGAGUUCCACAACGAUGAAGACCUUGCAAUUUCCUUGGAAGCCUUUGAGCUGGGCUACUUCCACAAACACACCUUCAGCAACUAUCGCAGCCGAUUCUACCAAGACCUUCCCUGGGGUGUGAGCAGCCUCCCUCGAUACUUGGGACUUCCUGGCAUGCACCCUAGGCCUCCACCUGCUGCCAUGGCCCUCAAUAGAAGGAGCCGCUCCCUUGACACUGCAGAGACCCUGGAGUUAGAGCUCUCUAAUUCCUACUUGGUGCAGGGCUACCUGGAGUCUGAUGAACUUCAAGCCCAGCAAGAAAAUUCAGAUGAAGAUGAAGAGGAGGAAGGAGAAUGGGGCCGAGAUAGUCCAUUAUCCCUUUAUACUGAACCCCCAGGGGCCUAUGAUUGGCCCACCUGGGCUCCCUGUUCUGUUCCACUGGGGCCAGGUCCUGCCUGGAUAAGCCCUGGUCACAUGGAUGGGCUUUCCAGUCAGUCUUCAUAUGGCCAGGCAUCCUGUUGUGUACCUUCUAUGGCCAUGUCAGUGUCACUGUCAUUGUCAGGGCCGGAGUCAAGAGCAUCUGGGGAACCUGGGCCUCAGCUAGCUUGGCCUUCACACCUACUCCUGCCCAAAGGCCCAUGCUAUAACCUUCAGCCACAGGCCUCCCAGAGCAUGAGAGCCAGGCCUCGAGAUAAGCUGAUGCCUAUUGAGGAGCCUAGUUGCUCUUCUAGUUCUGGAGGCUUCAGCUCUAACCCUCUGCCACAGGCCAAGCCUGUUGGUAUCACCCAUGGCAUUCCUCAGCUGCCCAGGGUCCAGCCUGUACUGCCCCAGCCUCUGCCCAUUUGUUAUAGACCUUCUAGCCUUGAACUGUCAAAGGAGAGGGCUAAGCAAGGUGCCUCUCUCCCCACCAGCUAG